GCGCCAUACUUGCGAAAGGUCACGCGUUUGCGCUUCCUGGACUUCGUCGAUGUCUCAAUCUGCUCAAGUCCUGCGCAGUUCCGAGGCACUUCAAGCCUCUGAAAGCCGACGAGGUUCAGAAGAGGGUGACAUCGGCGUGGCCAAGGCUCCUUUUGCAUCGCCUGCUAUUUCCAGCAGCGCGGUAGCGAUGACGGAGUGUGUUGAACUCCAGCGUGACAGGAGGAGCUCUACGGGUCACAACGAACAGGUUCCCACGCCGUUAUAUACAACGUCGAUGCCGCCGUCACGAUGGCAGGUGCUCACCACCACCUCGGUAAAGUCCAGCCCGCUUGCACUCACGAUGUCGGACAGGUUGGGAUGCCGAAGGAGCUCCACCGGACUGGGCACCUUUGCCAGAAACCUAAAAGUCAGGUUCGGCAACAUCAGCUUCCGCGAGUACACGGCAUCGCGGACCUCGGCGGUGAUCCAGAAGAAUCGCCUCGUGUUUGCGACCUGCGUGGCGGUGGCCCUACUGCUCGUCGGAGCUUUCGUGCUGUUCGUGCUGCUCAUUCCUGAGGACAAGAGCAGCUCGGGCGGCACACAGACCUGCGACUCCGACGAGUGCCUGCGUGCCUUCUACUACCUCGACCGGGCCGGAGACCUCUUGGCGGACCCUUGUCACGACUUUCACAGGUACGUCUGCUACCAUUGGCGGGACAACGAAGACUUAGAGCAAAUGUCCGUGAGCAACUUUUACUCCAGGCUCGACAAUAACCUGCGCUUCGACAGCGCUCUGGAGCUUGGAAGUGAACCCGGAGGUCUACUAUUUGCUCGUGCUUACAGGUCAUGCCAUCAAUUCCUGAGCACCUCAGGCGACGCCAACGUCGCCCCGAAAGUAGCUGAGCAUCUCAAGGCCUUGGUUCAGCGCUUCUCUGCAGAGUUAACCACGGAGAACUUGAUCAAAGAAAUCGUGCGCACUUCAAUUACCCAAGGCAUUGACGUGAUCUUUGGCGUCAGCCUCGCUAUUGAUGGCCUCAAGAAGUAUCCGAGUAUAACCAGAGGAAAAUCCCUCCAUGAGAAGCUGGGCCGUCAAUUUGGAGACUACCUGAACGAGGAUAUAGUGAAUUCAUUCGUCUCGCUGCCCAACAGUACGGUCUCUGAGCUCGUGAAAAUGGAUGACUCCGUGCACAAAGCGUUCUACGGGAACAUGCCUACAACCGAACUGCACAAUCUGAAUAUGCUGUCCAAUCUCGCGCCGGCUGUACCACCGCCAGUUUGGUCGUCGUUGUUUCAGGAGUACUUGAACCUGUCCCACGCUGCCAAGGUGCUGGUAGCUGAUUUCAACAGGAUCCGAGACGUUGUGAGCCUGCUUAGCGCGGUCACCAAGAAAGAAGUACUUGGAGCGUACCUGUCUCUUCAGGCUGUCGCUGACGUGUUAUUCCUUUUUAUACAAAGGAAGUACUUCUUCGAGAAUCCCGUCGUAACAAGGAACUGCCUCGAGGUCACUUGCCGUGCCAUGGCUCACUUCUGCGAACACGUGACGUCCCACGUGUUCGGCUGGUCCAGCGAGGCAAGGAACACCAUCCAGAACAUAUAUGAUGCUAUCUUGAGGCAGUACAAUCGUUCAGGUCCUUCGCUUUGGUCGGCUGCCGGCAACUGGCUACAAAUCGCCGAAGGCUUACGCACCGAUCAACUCGUUCUGCUCCCGACUGUGCCCACAGACAUUGCCGAAGCGGCAAUCGCUCGCUACGAAACUUUGCUCAAGGACUGGCCUGACAACUAUCCGGAGAUCUACUCUUUUGUUUACGCUAAGCACAAGAUGGUUUCCAUAGAGCUGCCCUUGCACAACAAGCAUCGCUACCUUAUCGAAGCGUACCUGAGAGGCUUCGUUUUCUACAGUGAUCUGCUACCUGGAUUGCUGGUCCCCACGGCGCUCACUACGGCCCACAUGACCUACUCUUCCCACACACCCAUUGAACUAAACCUGGGAACUCUGGGCGCAUUAAUGGCCAAGGCACUGGUGCUAGCGAGCACUCCUGCUGAAAGUGGCAGCUUUUGGAACGCCACCACACGCGGAAAAUUCAAGCAAGGAACCAUGUGCAUCUUCAACGCGCACAGUAAGAUGAUAAACGACACCACCGCCGAAUGGGACGAGACAACGGCGUCGACGCUGUUUGCCUGGAGCCUGUCCGUGCAGCUGGCACUGGGGUCUUUGUUGGCAGUCCACCAGCAGUGGGCACUUAUCGGAGACGACAGUCAAAGCAAGGCCGCCCAGCGAACCCUGAUGCGACGCUUCUGUCUGCUGUCGUGCGGUGCUUCUCAGGAGGGCGAGCAAACGGCCCUGGCUGUUCGCGCCCGGUGUCUCGUGCCUCUGGCUGGCCUCCACGAGUUUGCCGAGGCCUUUGACUGCCCAAAGGGCUCGGCCAUGAACCCGACCGUCAGCUGCCACAGCGACAACCCGCCGAUCUUAGCACACGCGGCGUAGUACGAGAGAAGUCUGCACUUUCUUGUAAAUGCUAUCCACACGAGUUAAUGGGGGAUUUUGAGUCUGACGAAGGCUCAAAGUUAAUUUAUAUGGGAACAUACUUAAGAUACUUGAAAUGAUGAUGUUAAGCGGGACAGCGAGCCCGCGUUGUGCCCAAUGUGUACACUAAUCCACCACUGCACUUCAACACAAUGUGGUGAACAUUCUUCUAUUUUACGAGACUCGUUUCUUUUCUACAAUAUAUAU